AUGGCUUCCGCGCCCGACUUCCGGUGUCUCGGGAGCCGCUCGCAGCCUGGCUGGAACCUCGCGCGCUUGGCCGCAGGAAAGGCGCUGGAACUUCGGGGCUGGGAAUCAGUCUCCCUGCGGCUACUUCUGGACGUGUUGGAGUUCGGGGGAGUUUGCUUGUCUGCAUGCAGGAUCAGUCCUCAGCAGUGCACGGUCUCUGGUCACCGCCAGGAUUCACCCUUAGCACCCGCUGGAACCUCGAUCAUUUCCGUGACAUUGCAUACAGAUGUUGGUGAUAUUAAAAUUGAAGUCUUCUGUGAGAGGACACCCAAAGCCUGUGAGAAUUUCUUGGCUCUUUGUGCCAGCAAUUACUACACUGGCUGUAUAUUUCAUAGAAACAUCAAGGGUUUCAUGGUUCAAACAGGAGACCCAACAGGCACUGGACGAGGAGGUAACAGUAUUUGGGGCAGGAAAUUUGAGGAUGAAUACAGUGAAUAUCUUAAGCACAGUGUCAGAGGUGUUGUUUCUAUGGCUAAUAAUGGCCCAAAUACCAAUGGCUCUCAGUUCUUCAUCACCUAUGGCAAGCAGCCUCAUCUGGACAUGAAAUACACAGUAUUUGGAAAAGUAAUAGAUGGUCUGGAGACUCUAGAUGAGCUGGAGAAGUUGCCAGUAAAUGAGAAGACAUACAGGCCUCUUAAUGAUGUGCACAUCAAGGAUAUAACUAUUCAUGCCAAUCCGUUUGCUCAGUAGCUCUGAUGGGCCUGGGUAAUAAUAUGUGGCAGACAGUUCAGGGAACACACCCAUGUGAUUUGCUGGCUGUAAUUAUGUCAGAGUUUGUGGCAUC